GACCUACCUCAACAACUACAUUACUGGUCCCCGUACUCUUGAUAGCGUAUUUUGCAAACUUAUAUUUUGAGCCAUUGAUUCAGUUCUUAUUCAGCAUAGUCAAGAUGAGUUGCUAUAGGAUCUUGGAUACGUAAAACAAAGCACCUUUGGAUCACUCGUCGUCACCUAUCGCGAGGUCCGAAGCAUUACCGCUAUGUACGUCAUGCGUACAAUUAGCACUUUUUAUGGAUUCGGUGAAUACGCUUCUCGAUCAAUAUCAUCAAUCCAAUGGCCCUAUUUAUGGCCAACAACUUUGAACCAGGGCCACAAAUACGAUACCGCUCACAAUUCGCCAAAAAAGUCGCUG